GAAUAUCAUUAUUGAUCGAGAGAAUCACCGCUCAGUAUGCCUGAUCCAGCCAAGCCUGCGCCCAAGAAGGGUUCUAAGAAAGCCGUGAGCAAGACCGCCGGGAAGGGCGGCAAGAAGCGCAAGAGGACUAGGAAGGAGAGCUAUGCUAUCUACGUGUACAAGGUCCUGAAGCAGGUCCACCCCGAUACUGGGAUCUCUUCUAAGGCCAUGAGCAUCAUGAACUCCUUCGUCAACGACAUCUUCGAGCGCAUCGCUGGUGAGGCUUCCCGCCUGGCGCAUUACAACAAGCGCCACACCAUCUCCUCCAGGGAGAUCCAGACCGCAGUGCGUCUGUUGCUGCCCGGUGAGCUCGCCAAGCACGCCGUGUCUGAGGGAACCAAGGCCGUCACCAAGUACACCAGCUCUAAGUAAACGACGUUGUCCUCUUCAUCUCAAAAGGCUCUUCUAAGAGCCACCCACAUUUUCUCUUGAAAGCUGUUCCUAUGCUCUUAAUAGUUUUCCCAUAUAGAGACGCGCUGAAUAAUCAAGAUAAUAACUUUGUAUAUUAUAGUAUCAUAUAAGGCAUGCAGCUUAAAGGGAUAAACACUUUCUGGAACACUAUUUUCAUUUAACAUUGAUGUUUAUCCCUUUGUUAAGCACUUUGAGCUGCAUGCUUUUUAUGAUGGGUAGGAAAGAGACAAACAAAGAAUAGGAAGAAUACUAGAAACGAAUCAGAAUAGAGAAUAUUUAGUAGAUAAAUAGGUAGAUGUAGAGAAAAUGAAAUAAAGAGUUAAAAGAAGACAUAAGUAGAGAUUAUAGAGGCAUACGGUCCACAUGAGUUAGGCCCAGGAGAAGUGCUACUAGUCACAGUGAAUGGGGUGCUCUGAUGUGGCCCCUGUUGGCAACAGGGGUGAGGGAAAACUCACUCGUUUCCACUUGAUUCAUGGUUUAAAGGGGGGGAGACAAAUUAAUCAAUUGUAUGUUAUUGUCAAAAAUCCAUGUGACAAGGUUAGCACAGAAGUUUGUAAUUGUGUUUGACUAGUCUCCAAUGUGCUGUUUCACUAAAAUAUUUAAA